AUGAAAAGUUUCUAUAGCGUAGUCGUAACUGAAUACAAAGAUUUGGUGAAAACAUACGGCAGUAUUCCCUGCAUCCCUUACUUGUCCAUUUUUGCUUUGCUGGUUCUGUUUUUAAUGCACAGCAGCAGGAAUAAGUUUCUUAUUGGUCUGGUGGAAGCGCGCUAUUUUGGGUUUCUGCUAGGGAAUAUUGCCUAUCCUCUGGCUGUUUGGCUGGGGUUUAACGGGCCUGGCUUUAUGUUUGCCUUUGGCGGGUUUUUGUGUGAGGCGUCAGGGUACAUUUUUAGAGACUACAGAAGCCGAAGGCCCCUGUUCAUAUUCUCGUCCAUUUUUGUGUGGUUCUUCUACAUCUUCCUGCUUCUAUCAUUUUCCAUAAAAGUAGCCGUGCCGGCUGCGCUUGCAGCGUCUUUUCUCUCCCUUGGGUACAGCAGAAGAACGCCCCUUGUAUAUAUAGGAGCACAAACACUCUGCGAGUCUAUGCUGCUCGCUAUGGUGCUUACCGGGGCUGUACAGUGCGUUUUUUCCAAAGGCUUUGGCAUGCAUUACAUCGAAAAAGUCAAGCCUCUUGUUUGCUCGGCUAUUUUCUCCCUGCAAGGCAUCUACAAGCUGCUAAAAGAGAAGAAGUACAAGGCCAUGCUCUAA